AAAAAUCUUUACCAUCAAAAAAGAGUAAAUCUGGACAACAGUCCACAAACGAACCGUUGCCAUCACACAUUAUAAAUCAAAUCGAAUCAAUUAUCGAACCUAUAAUAUCUGGAAUAUAUUUCUCUUCGAUUGAAACUUUAACAAAACGACAUUGUAUCCCUAUACUCGAUUCAUGUUAUGUGAUUUCAGAAAGAAAUACAUUUUGUAAUCUUUUAAUUCGGGAUCGAUCCAAUAAUAAAGAUAAUAAAAUGUUUAAAGAAUUUGAACUAGAAUAUUCUCGUUAUAUCACUCUUGAUAAUUACCCCAUUCAUUCAUUUAGUCAAAAAGGAAUAUCAAUUUAUACCACUUUGGAUUUUCCAUUAGGAUUUUCAAUUGUGGAAAAUCAGCUGUUUGAUACUCUCCAGUUUCUUAUUGAAUGCUUGACGCUAAUUAUUCAAAAUAUCAAUAAAGAGAAUGAGCAAAAAAAUAAAUCAGUUACAACAUCUGUAUCAUUAACGCUCUCAAAACAUAUGAACGAUGCACAAUAUGUAACCAAGACUUUAUUAGCUUUACUUUCUAGAUUUGACCAGAAAUUGAGGCAUCAAUUUGAAUCCAUUGGAAAAAACUUUACAACCAAUCAUAACAAUAAAGAAGAAAUUAUUAAUAAAUUAGUUCGUGAUUUAUUUAAUGGAUGUCUGAUAAUUUGCUCCGAUAAUACUUAUAUUAAGGAUGUAAGGCAAUUGGUUGGAAUGUCUAUUGCAGCAACUUUGAAUUUGUUAGGUCCGCCACAAUUUGUCAGCAAUCAAGUUGUUACCAUGUUUUUCGCAAAAGAUAUUAAUGAAGAAGAGCAACAAAAUAAUUUGAAUUUUAUGAGUCAUUUGGGUGUUCGAAUACCAGAUAUUUUAUUUAAAGAGAUUAGCUGGAAUGGUGAUGAUCCUCCAAUGUUAGCGAUUUGUCGCGGUUUAUUGUCGAAUUUGGCUAGAAAGGUUUUGAUUUCUCCUUUAUCCGAGAAGUUUCAAUUAAAAAUCUCAAUAUUAAGAUUGAAUCAUUCAAAUUCAAAUCCAAAAACUCUUCAUCAUAUACUCUUUCAAAGCAUUGCGCAUUUUUGCGAUAAUGCUUUAAAGUCGCAAACAAAAGUUUUGGCAUUUGAAACUAUGGGAUUAUGGCUUCAGGAAUCAGAAAAUAUUCUUAGGGAUGAUGAUAUUAGUAAAUCAAUCGUUCAUGAUAAUAAUUCAAUAUUUAAUUCACAAGUUUUAGAUAAAUUGAUGUCAUAUGUUUGGAAUAAUUGGGAGGAUCCUGUUGAUGCAAUUCAAUAUAAGGUUAAAACCAUAUUUGAGAAAUUAAUGGAUGUAAUGAGUCUUAAAAGUCAGCUUGAACAAUCUGAGGAAAUAUAUAAUCAUUACCUUAUUAAUUUGCUCAAACAACUAUUGUCCAUGGAUCAAUACCGAAAAGUGAAAUAUGCUUUGUUGUCGUCAUUAUUGCCUAGAGUUGGAACAAAAAAAUUCUUAUCAAUUCAAUCUGAGUUUGUUUCCCGUUCUUUGGAAGUACUACAUAAUUUAGUUAUUGCACCACGAGCUUCUGCAUUGGUGGUCUCAUUCCUUGAAUUACACUUAGAGGAAUCACUCGCUUCUGGGCUUCGAGACGUUACUAUCAAAACGAGCGAGAAACGUGAGGAAUUAGUAAAAAAAUGGGAUGAGUUAUGGUUGGCACCUGUCUGCCAAGAUCUUUCCUCAAAAGAUGAUAUCCUUCGCAAAAAUAUUGGUGGAUUCAUCCUUCAUCCGUUAUUUAAAGCAAGUCCACCAUCGUUUUGGAGAAUUAUCGAUAUCCUUCAAGAUGACAAGUGUAGUAACGAAUUUAUAAGUGAUGAACAAUAUAGGUUAAAUGCCCUGAUCAUGGUCAUAAAAGUGGGUAGAUCGUUGGAUUUUGUUGAUGGGAAUAUAUUCAUUGAAAAUCCCAUUGAAGGGAAUCGAAGGCAGAUUCGGUUACAACCUCUCCAUGAUGCUAUUUAUCAUUUGGAUUUAAAUAUUAGAAUUGAUGCACUUGGAUUAAUUUGUGAGUCAAGAAAGUCAACAAACGAAAUUACUUCAACUGAAAUCAAGCUUCUUGAAUCUUUUUUUAAAUUGAACCUUAAUUCAACAUCCCCAGAGUUUAGGCAAAAACUUUUUGGUCAUUUGAAUAAAUUCUUCACAAGACUUAGAAGCAAUUUAUAUAGUCAAUGGAAAGAUUAUCAAUCUCAAAUGAGAUAUGUGAAGAGUCAUCAUGGUUCGAAAGUUCAAGAUGCAGGAUUAGAAGCAGAUCAACUAAAACAAAAAAUUGAUCAUUCUCAAGAAUUUUUGAAUUGGCUAAUAGAAUUAUUAGCAGCUUCACUUUAUCCUGGGUCGUCAUUUCAAAGAGUUUCUAGUACACUUAGGAUAUUUAUUAUUUUAAUUAAAGUAUUUGGCAUUGAGGAAACCCCAUUGCCUGAAGGAUUUGUAGCUCAGCAUUGCAAGACACCUACAUUCCCAUUUCAAUUGCCACUUGCUUCAGUGAGAAAUACAAAUUUAAUAUUGCACUGCCUUAUGAAUCCUUUUGAUGAAAAUCGCAUGUUAGCAUACGAAAUUCUUCAGAGUUUUCCUUCACCAUUGCCAGGGAUCGAAUCAAAGGAUGUUAUUCAGAAAAUUUUGCUUUGGGCGCUGCAAUCUAUGACAAGUGCCAGAGCUGGUGAAAGUGAUAGUGGUGCAAUGAUUUUUCGAUUGAUCUUCUCCAAAUAUGUUUGGAAUUUAGGUUUUUUCCUUGAUGUUGGAAUUGAGAAAAAUGAAUCAUUGGAAUACUAUAAAGAAGUUAAUAUACCUUCAAUCAAUUUCACAAGGAAGCUUCUAAUUCUAUUAAAGGAGCAACUUAAUAUCGCUUCUGGAAAUCUAUUGCUCGCUUCACAAAAGUUUCCAAUACAUGGAACUUUACUAGCACUGCAUUAUGUCUUUAAAGAAUUGGAUUAUAGUUCUGUAGGAUUAAAAAAUAAUUUGGAAGAAUGGCGAAACAUUCAUAAUCAUGUUAUUGAUUUGAUUAAUGAUAGUUGUCAAAUUGUAUUGGACGUAUUAACAAAUUCUUCGCCAGAAGGCAAUUUACCGGCAUCAUUUCAAGAGAUGGAAGAAACGAUUGAUGAUUUGGUUUUAAAUUCAAGCGAAGAUCUCGAUUGUGAAGAAGGUGGUCCGAAACAUCAAGUCAUUCUUAGUUUUUGUUGGAGAGCUGUGAAAGAGGCAAGUUCUCUUCUUGCCAUAAUUUUAUCAAGAGCUCCAAUAGCCGUUAAUUUGGAAAAUAACUUUUCGAUACUCAAUUAUGAGAAAGUACGUAAAGGUGGUGAAUUGUUUCGAACAUUGUUGACAUCUAUACGUCACCGAGGCGCAUUUUCUGCAGUAUAUCCUGGUUAUGUAGCUGUUUGUGCUAGACUUCUAAAUUCAUCGCUAGUUAAAUUUGCAGAAUUACCAAAAAUAUGGCUAGAGAAUAGCAUCAGUAACAUCAAUACCAAUUCAAUUUCGAUUACACGUAGAAGUGCAGGACUUCCGUUAUGUAUUUUAGCUAUUGUCAGUAGCGAACCUAAUAACUGUAAAGUUUUGCUUCCUUGGAAUAUGAAAGCUCUCAUUGAGAUAGGAUCACAAAAUCCUUCGGAGGAUUUUAAUCAAACCAUUGAUUUGCCUCAGAAAACAAAGGAUGAACAUCAUUCAAUUAAUAAAUUAACUGGAAGAGAAUUUUUUUCAAGAUUUCCUCUACUUUAUCCAUUUUUGUUGGAUGAACUCAAAAUUGCUGUGGCUCAAUUGAUUGAAUCGAUUAAUGUCUUUGUUCAUCCGGGUCUUUAUCCUAUCCUUACUCUCUUAUCAAGACUUCAUCCUUUAAUGGAUGAUUCUAAUUCUGUAUUGGCCAUGAGCCCAUUUGUAUCUUUGGUUUUAUCUUGCGUUUAUUCACCAUUUUACAAGACGAGAGAAAUGGCAGCAAGAGCGAUUGUUCCACUAAUCCCAUCCAAUGGUCUCAUUGUAACUUGCAUUAAUUUGCUAAGUGAAGCUUCUAUGUCUAAUCAGAAUGAAUUACAUGGAAGAUUAGUUCAGGUUCAAUAUUUGAUGCGCGGACAUUUACGUGGAAAUGUCGCUAAUUUUGACAUCAUGAAAGAUGUUGUAAUUAAAAUGGCUCCGGUCUUUUGGUCAAAGAUUCGUUUUGCAUCUAGAGAGAAUUCUUGCAGCAUUACAAGAUAUUUAUUAUUAGAUAUAUUAUACGAAUUUGUAUUUAACAGUAAUUGGGUCUUUAUUGAGCAAGAUAAACGUUUAGAGUUAUUAGGAUUGAUGGAUGAUAAAUUUUCGGAAAUAAGACAGUUCUUAUUUGACAUGUCUUUGUGUGAUUUGCCUAACACGAGUCGAAAUACAGACGUUUUCAAAGUUGGUUGUCAUCUUGUACGUCAACAGAUGACAAGAAUUAUAAUCAAAUCUCUUCUUAGUCAAGAAAGUCCCGAACAUACGUCAAUAAUUAUUGAUAUCUUAAGUGAUUCGGAAUAUGAAGUUAGACUCGUUUGUUUAGAAAUGAUUAUUGAUUUCUUCAAUUCUUCAAGCGAUAAUAAGGAAAUUUGCAUUGAUAAAUUAACCCUUCAAUGCAAGAUAAUUGAGAUGAUAUUUCGAGAGGAAUCCUAUCCCAAUUGUUUUCGGAAUGCAAUUGGAUUACUUACUUUAAUAGAUUUAGAACAUCCAUUCCCAAAAUUAACUUCUAAAAAAUCUUUAAAUUUCGGGUUAGAAGAAUUUUGGAAAAAAUUGUUUAACCACUUGGAGCAUUCAAAAAGUUCGACUAUAAUUGAAGCAAUAUUACCACUUCUAGGAUCUUUAUCAUCUCAAAUUUGGCGAGUUAAUUCAUUAUCUGAAAACUUUAAAUCUGAAAGUCUAAAUCAAUGGUGUGAAUACAUUAACAAUAAUACCAAACCUGAAGUUAGUUUGUUAUUACGUGAAGCUUCGACAAGAUCUCUGGAAUUAUUCAGUCAACAUUUAUUUAAGGAAUCUAAAUUUCUCAAAAGUGAGGAUAUCCAACAGGUUAUAACUUUAUAUCUGGUUUUAGCUCGAAUUGCACAGGAUGAUGAUAUAGAUUUACGUCAUUCCGCAGCUUUGAUAGUAUCAAAAUCAAGUGGAUUAAAGGUACCGGUCGAUUGUGAUCGCGCGCGUGAAAUAUGUUAUGAACAUAUGACCAAGAUGUAUUCGAAGUCAUUUCAUUUAUAUGUAGCGUUACUUCAGACAAUCACCGGAAAUGAAAAACCUGAUGAAAUUCUUGAAGCUGAAAUGAACCCAACUAGAGUCCUCUUUGCUGUAGAGAAUCCAAAUAUUUAUAAAGACGACUUGAUUGAUAUUCAACUAGCAUAUAAACAUAUGAAAUUUGCUUUUAAUAAAGAAGGAAAUAUUUUAGAUUUCCCGGAUGUUUUUAAACGGGACAUUCCAAGGUUUUCGGUUGAACAACUUCGGAAAGUUUGUGAAUUCUUAAACAAUGUGGAAGUAAAGAACAAAAAUAAUGGUGUUUUAGGAUUUACUUCGCGUUCUAUUACGUUUACUGUUGUUUACAGGGUAAUCAUUACAGUUUUGGCGAUGAUGGAGAUAGCAUCAAACAAACAAGAAAUCAUAAAAGAAAUCGAAUUAAUAAGGCAAGAAUUAGUACAAGAUAAUAUUCAAUUACACCCAAUAUUGAAAAAUAUACUGUUUAAAGAUUUUAUUCAUGAUAUUGAUGAAAAGGAAUUUGAUAGAGUAUUUCUUUUAUCGAAUUAA